AUGCUGGCUCCUUCUGACUCCUUCUGGCUCCUUCCGGCGGCUCCUUCUGGCUGCUGGCUCCUUUUUCGUUCCAGAAAAACGCUGACUCCAUGCUACCCCUCACCCCUCCCUAUUGAUACCUCUUUAUCUAUAAACAGACCAAGGGUAUUAUUGUUUGCGUCGCCCCCAUCGUCGCAAUCGUCCCAAUCGCCGCGCCGUUGCGCGUGUGUGCUGUGUGUGUUUCCAACCACACACACCACCAGACAGGUACCGCACAGCCCCCCGCCGCGGCCAGCAGGAACCUCUCGCAUAGCUUUACUCCAGCGGGCAUCCCACUUGUACGCAGUGCUCUCGUUGUGGCGACAUCGUGGGAUCAAAAUGGCGGAUACUAUGCGAUUCUGCAGCGAAUGCAAUAACAUCAUGCACCCGAAAGAGAACAAGACGGACCGGAAAUUGAUGUAUUCAUGCAAUCGGUGUAAAUAUGAGGAGGAUGCGCAAUCGGGAUCGUGCGUCUACAGGAAUAACCUCAUCACUACCGCAGGGAAUAAGCUAGAUAUUGUGCAGACCGAUGUCGUGGACGACCCCACCUUGCAACGAAGCAAGAAUGCCAUCUGCGAGAAAUGCAACUACAACGAAGCCGUCUUCUUCCAAGCAGACGAGGGAGCCAAAUCGCAGAGCUUAUCAUUGAUUUUCGUGUGCACCAACCGGGCUUGCGGGCACAAGUGGGUCAGCUGAUCGCCCUCGGCCAUGCACAAGCGGCUGUCUUGCUACAGCCACCAAUCUUGAGAAGCACGGGGAUAGGAUUGUACCACGACCGCGGUUUCGGAUCCCGAAAUGUCGUUUGUACAGUGUCUCGAGUCAAGUAUAACUCUAUCGUUUUUUUUGCGUUGUGUGGGGUAUGGAGGAGAAGCGAUUGUGCAGAGUUCAGAACGACCUUUACGGCGAAGAAAACCAUAGCAGGAGCAGCGGUGGAUCCAGCGCAGCAGUAGCACUGCUGAAGUGUACCGUGUGCUGCUAGCUUGAUCCAACGGGGUACAGCAUUAAGCGAACACCGGUACCGCCAAAGAAUCCAACUUGAUUAAGAUGUGAUGCAUUGUCAUGUGAAACAGAGGUCGACACGAACCAAGCACACAGACGAUAUGUUGUUGUUCUGAGGGCAUCUAUUUCAUGAGGAGUGAAAGGAGGGGACGUAGGGGUAGUCUUCGUUCUGGGUGUAGCCAAAACUGGAGAUGUAAAUAAUAAAUACCGCAGUAUAUCCUGCCGCUCAUUUUUUUCCCACCUGAUUUGGGAUCAUUUAGCGAGCUGUGUGGCAUGAAAGACGUCUGUCUGCAUGCGUUACGCUACCAGUGCAUGAUACUUGUGCAGAUGGCAGUAUGUGGCGACAGAAGGGGGCAUGUCACCGCGUUCAUUGUUGUUGGGGGUGUUAGUUUCGUCGUCUCGCAAUAAAACGUGCGUGUAGCUGAAUGGCUUGAUGGAGGCGGUGAUUGGGUUGGGACCUCCGCAGCCGCACAGCAGCAGUCCAAGAGCAAUAAUAAUACCACAAAUAUUUCG